AUGCUCCGUUUUUGCCGCUCCCGCCUCGCCAUUGGUGCGUACAGCCUGUUCAUGGUGGAGCAGAAGAACAACCCCGCGCUGAAGGGGCUCCCCGUCGCGCAGCGCGGCAAGGUGACCUCGAAGCUGUACAAGGCACUCGCACCGGCUGAGCGCGCGGCGCUAGAGAAGCGUGCCAAGGCGAUGCCAUCCGCAAAACGCACCAAGACAUCAAAGUCGAAGGCAACUGGUGAGAAGAAGAAACGUGCGCCGUCAAAGUACACUGAGUUCGUAAAGGCGAACCUUCCAAAGUACAACCAGCUACCCCACAAGGAGCGCCUUGCUGCUGUGGCUAAGCUGUGGAGACAACAGCAGCAGACAACGAUGAAGAAGAUCUGA